CCGGGUUUAGGGAGGCAUCAGUCCGCUGCCGCCGGGGGCCGGUGCCGGGUAGUGGCUGGAUGUAGAGCUGGAGACGGAGCUGGCCUUGAAGGAACUCCUGCUGGGACAGGGUGGAGGGCAGCUAGGUGCCGGGGUCGCCAGGAGGGCUGUGUUGUUCGCUCACUGAGAGCCUUGGGAUUGCCUUCCCGCCAGGCCGCCUGCCUCCGUCUUCCGCCUCCCUCCAUUUCCCCGGAAUUUCAACCCGGAGCGCCUGGACCCCUGUCCUUCCCCGGGUGGGGAAGUCGCCAGCCUCUUUCCCACCUCACUCCUGCCCCGUAGGCUGGGCUUUCACCCUGCCCUCUCCCUUCUCUGGCGUGGGUCGCAGCCCCCUCGCUCGCUCCCCUUCCUUUAGCUCAGGCUUCCUACUCUUUUAGCCGGAGUCUCGGCGUCUCGGUGACUUCCCCAAGCCCAAGGUCCCAUCCUUCCCUCUUCCCGUCCCUUGCCUGUGGUCCAGCCUGCCCUGUCCCUUUCUCCCAGCCUCGACUUCCAGACCCUUUGGCGUUCCCCUGCGGCUCCUCCGUUGUGCCUCUAACCCAGUUUGGAGUUGCACGUUGUGAACCUAGCUAGCCUGCCUUCACUUCUCUCAGACAUGAACUUUUCCUAGAGACUGCCCCUUUCUCUCCCCAGCCCCAGACUCCUGGCUCCCUAUGUCUCAGGUCUUACUCUCACUUCACUAAGGGUUGAGGCCUCCUCGGCUGGCUGAGGGAGUGAUAGCAGGAUGCUUCGGCCGUCUGGCACCCGGAGGCUUUCUCCGCCUCGGAUCUUCCCCUCCUUGCUGGUGGUGGUCGCCUUGGUGGGACUGCUGCCUGUUCUGAGAAGCCACGGCCUCCAGCUCAGCCCUACUGCCAGCACCAUCCGAGGUUCUGAACCACCCCGGGAACGCUCCAUUGGGGAUGUCACCACUGCCCCAUCAGAUCCAGUCCACCACUCGGAGGAUUUCCUUUUAAACCAAUCAAUUGAACAUGACUCCAAACAUCGAAAGGCCUUUCCAGUCCUGGACAUUGACUACCCGCAUGUGCGCACACCCUUCGAGAUCUCCCUCUGGAUUCUGCUGGCCUGCCUCAUGAAGAUAGGUUUCCACGUGAUCCCCACCAUCUCGAGCAUCGUCCCUGAGAGCUGCCUACUGAUCGUGGUGGGGCUGCUGGUGGGGGGCCUGAUCAAGGGCGUGGGCGAGACGCCCCCCUUCCUGCAGUCAGACGUCUUCUUCCUCUUCCUGCUGCCACCCAUCAUCCUGGACGCUGGCUACUUCCUGCCACUGCGGCAGUUCACGGAGAACCUGGGCACCAUCCUGAUCUUCGCUGUGGUGGGCACGCUGUGGAAUGCCUUCUUCCUGGGCGGCCUCAUGUACGCCGUGUGCCUGGUGGGCGGCGAGCAAAUCAACAACAUCGGCCUUCUGGACACGCUGCUCUUCGGCAGCAUUAUCUCGGCCGUGGACCCGGUGGCCGUGCUGGCCGUCUUCGAGGAGAUCCACAUCAACGAGCUGCUGCACAUCCUUGUCUUCGGGGAGUCACUGCUCAAUGAUGCUGUCACUGUGGUCCUGUAUCACCUCUUUGAGGAGUUUGCCAGCUACGACCAUGUGGGCAUCGUGGACAUCUUCCUCGGCUUCCUGAGCUUCUUCGUGGUGUCCCUGGGCGGGGUGUUUGUGGGCGUGGUCUACGGGGUCAUCGCAGCCUUCACCUCCCGAUUCACCUCACACAUCCGUGUCAUCGAGCCGCUCUUCGUCUUCCUCUACAGCUACAUGGCCUACCUGUCGGCUGAGCUCUUCCACCUGUCGGGAAUCAUGGCACUCAUCGCCUCGGGAGUAGUAAUGCGCCCUUAUGUGGAAGCCAAUAUCUCCCACAAGUCCCACACCACCAUCAAAUACUUCCUGAAGAUGUGGAGCAGCGUCAGCGAGACCCUCAUCUUCAUCUUCCUCGGGGUGUCCACCGUGGCCGGCUCCCACCACUGGAACUGGACCUUCGUUAUCAGCACCCUGCUCUUCUGCCUCAUUGCUCGGGUGCUAGGUGUGUUGGGCCUGACCUGGUUCAUUAACAAGUUUCGCAUUGUCAAGCUGACCCCCAAGGACCAGUUCAUCAUCGCCUACGGGGGCCUGAGAGGGGCCAUCGCCUUCUCCCUGGGCUACCUCCUGGACAAGAAGCACUUCCCCAUGUGUGACCUGUUCCUCACGGCCAUCAUCACUGUCAUCUUCUUCACCGUCUUUGUGCAGGGUAUGACCAUUCGGCCCCUGGUAGACCUAUUGGCUGUGAAGAAAAAGCAAGAAACAAAGCGCUCCAUCAAUGAGGAGAUCCACACACAGUUCCUGGACCACCUUCUGACAGGCAUCGAGGACAUCUGUGGUCACUACGGCCACCACCACUGGAAGGACAAGCUCAACCGCUUUAAUAAGAAAUAUGUGAAGAAGUGUCUGAUAGCUGGAGAACGGUCCAAGGAGCCUCAGCUCAUCGCCUUCUACCACAAGAUGGAGAUGAAGCAGGCCAUUGAGCUGGUGGAGAGCGGAGGCAUGGGCAAGAUCCCCUCUGCCGUCUCUACUGUCUCCAUGCAGAACAUCAACCCCAAGUCCCUGACUGCUGAACGCAUCCUGCCUGCAUUGUCAAAGGACAAGGAGGAAGAGAUCCGCAAGAUCCUGAGGAACAACCUGCAGAAGACCAGGCAGCGGCUGCGGUCCUACAAUAGACACACGCUGGUGGCAGACCCCUACGAGGAGGCCUGGAACCAGAUGCUGCUCCGGAGACAGAAGGCCCGACAGCUGGAGCAGAAGAUCAACAAUUACCUGACGGUGCCCGCCCACAAGCUGGACUCGCCCACCAUGUCGCGGGCCCGCAUAGGUUCAGACCCUCUGGCCUAUGAGCCGAAGGCAGACUUACCUGUCAUCACCAUCGACCCAGCCUCCCCCCAGUCACCCGAGUCUGUCGACCUGGUGAAUGAGGAGUUGAAGGGCAAGGUCUUAGGACUAAACCAGGACCCAACAAAACUGACUGAGGAAGAUGAGGAUGAUGAUGGGGUCAUCAUGAUGCGCAGCAAGGAGCCCUCAUCUCCAGGCACUGAUGAUGUCUUCACCCCUGGACCAAGUGACAGUCCCAGCUCUCAAAGGAUACAGCGCUGCCUCAGUGACCCAGGCCCUAACCCUGAGCCUGGGGAGGGGGAGCCUUUCAUCCCCAAGGCACAAUAGAGCCAGGCCAGCGGGCAGCGCCCGUCCGGCACUCUCCCAUCAGAGUGGGGUCUGGGGGGCUCCCCUUGCCCUCCUGACCUGGAUUAGUCCUGCCCCCCCUCCCACCGCAUGGCAGCUGGGCCCACAGCCCCCACAGCAGCACGGCUACCCCUGCCUCCUGGGAAGCGUCCUCUCCCACUGGAACUGCCUUCCCAAUCCUUUCGGCAGAAGAGCUGGGCUGGUGAGGCAGGCCCCACCCUCUUCCAGAUCCAGGCUGUCCCGUAACAGGACCAGGGCUCCAGUCCCCCUGACCUCAAGGCCUUCCUUUCCCCUACCUCCCUUAAUCAGACCAAUCUUCCAUCUUCAAUCUUUGUUUUAACCAAAGAGCCUGUGGCUCCUCUGUGGGCCUACCCAGGAAAGAGGAGCUGAGGCCUCCCUUCCCCAGACAAGGCCCUCCUUUAUCAGAGGAUCAGAGGAAAGCUGCUGUGUGUGGCCGGAGGAGGGAUGGGGAACCUGUGAGAGCCCCGCCCUGCUCCUGCCAGCCAUGGCCUCCUGACCAGCCACCCGAGCCAUCCUUACCCCCAAGCCUACGGCUGAGGGCAUCUCCCACCCUCUCUGCCUGGAGCUGGGGCACUUUAAACAGGGAAGUGACUUGGGUGAUGAGGACCACUGGGCACUUCUGUGGCUGCUACCCAGGGAGGGACUGUCAAGUCUCCGGAACGGGCUGCCUUUUUAUAUUUUGUUUUUGCACCUCCAUGUACAAGAUUGUUUGCACAGAGGCACUUGUUUUCAGAGCAUUCAGGCCACCCUGCCAGUCAGUCUCCGCCUCUCACACUCCUCUAACAUCCUCCCCCGAAGCGGUCCUCUGCCUGCUGGGCCGUUUUGUCCGAGGCUCUGACUUCAGACAUGGCUCCACAUGUCAUGAUUCUCCAGCCACAUCAGCCGGGAGGCCUCCUGGCACCUGCCUUGGUCGUGGGCCCAGCCCUCAUGACCUGGCCUGUCUCCAGCCCUCUCCCUCUCCUGCACACCCAGCUUGCUGUGGAGCCCAGCCAUGGGGGAGGUUUCCCCUGGUCAGGGCUGCUAGGGUGGACAGAGUGCUGGACCCCAGAAACCUUUGUUCACAUCCACACACUCCCUACCGCCACCAUGGCUGGGCCUAGGGCCCACGGGUGUCCACUCGACCCCCGGGCACUCGCUUCCUCCCCCAGUCUCGUGCAAUAGUCAGAGGGUCCCUCUCCCGGGGAUGGGCCAUGGGUGCUCGGCCCAGCUGCCUCCUCUUCAUGCAAGUGCUGUUUUGGGCAGGAGUUGCCAUGCAAGGCGACAUCGACAACCACGUACAAAGCCACCGCAACUGCUGCCGCUCUGCCGCCUGUACAGAAGAAAUUGAACCUUUUUCAUAUUCUAAUAAAUCAAUGUGAGUUUU